AUGGACCCCGCCACGGGACAUCUCUCACCUGCUGCAGUCUGGACCUGGAUGUUCCUGUUCUUGCUGUUGGAAGCCUGGGCAGGACACGUGAGGGCACAGGAGUCCAAGGUGCUGGGCGGCCAGGAAUGUGAGGCCCAUUCACAGCCUUGGCAGACAGCCUUGUUCCAGGGCAUCCAGCUGCUAUGCGGGGGUGUCCUCAUCGAUGACAACGGGGUCCUUACAGCAGCCCACUGUAAAAAACAGAAAUACACAGUACGCCUGGGGGAUCACAGCCUGAAGAAUAAGGACCGUUCAGAGCAAGAAAUGGCUGUGGCUCAGUCCAUCCCACACCCCUGCUACAACAGCAGCAAUGAGGACCACAGCCAUGAUCUCAUGCUCAUCCGACUACGUGGUCGGGCAUCCCUGGGGCCCAAAGUGAAGCCCAUCAACCUGGCGGAUCGCUGUCCUGAAGUUGGCCAGAAGUGCACCAUCUCGGGCUGGGGCACCGUCACCAGCCCCCGAGGUAGUAGGAGGGAGAGGAGGAGCUGGCUGGGAGAUUCCGGGGGUCCACUGGUGUGUGGUGGUGUUCUCCAGGGCAUCACAUCCUGGGGAUUGGACCCCUGUGGGCGGCCCGAGAGACCUGGUGUCUACACCAAUAUUUGCCGCUACUUGGACUGGAUCAAGAAGACCAUAGGCAGCAGGGUUUGA